AACAAUUAAAACAGGGCAUUCACAAUGAUAAUUUUGUUCAAUAGGAAAAUAAAUACAAAAUUAAGUGAAAAUAUUAACAACAAUGUAACAAUGGAAAAAAAUAAUAAGAGGGCCGUUUACUUAGAGUUCCACAGUGAUUUGGUGGUUUUCUGUCUUACACUUUUCUCAUCACAUAAAAGUGUGCUAAUUAAGGUAUCGUAGAGUUUUUGUACUUAGUUGUCCGAGCAUAUAGUCUUCCAUAGUUGCCUCUAGUUCUAUCUGAUGAGAUGCAAGGAGACACCUGUGCAUAGAGAAGAUGCUCAGAGUCUGACAAAAUAAUGUUCGCUAAAUUUCUUGCAGGAAUUCAUGUUUCUAUCUACGGUAGAAUUAACGAGUUGGUUUAGCAACGCCCCACUUUCCUUACUGAUGGCCUUUAGCGCCCUUCGCAUUAUAAAAGUUUUUCCUAAGUAGCCCGGGAAAGAUUCGGGGAGCAGUAAAAAGGUAUUGGCAGAAUACAAGAAUUUGGGAUAUCGUAAUUAUACUUAAAGAAAAGAUCAUAAGACCAAUCAGAUACUGGUAAAAUUUGUCAUCGUAAAACGUGUUGGGUAAUGUAAGGUGUAACCCAGAGGGGUGACUAAGUGGAAGUUAGAAGAGAGCCAGAAGUUUUUUUAUUCUUUACUUUCCCUAGUGAAACAUAGGGCUUCAAGCUAGAGACUUGAAUUUUCUGUAGCAGUGGGGUUUAUUUUUACGGGAUGGGGUUGCUGGCCCCGUCCACAACCUUCCCCUUUUACCAGUCUUAUUACUGGUCUAGGGAGGUAUAGGAGUGCGCUGGCUGGGGAUCGAACCCCAGACCAUACGCGUGGUCAGCAAGCUUUCUACCUCUGUGCCACCAACGUGGCCGACAGGCUGGCUUAAAAUAACUCUUAUGGAUUUUAUUGACUGACUCCAUAUUUUUGUUUGGCCACCACUGACUCUUUUAGAACCUGGUCCCGUGCCAAGUAACAUUGAUCACCGUCAAGGAAGACGAUGGCUAGGCAUGUGUAACAUAUGUCUUAGCAGUCUCAGUCGAUGUAACUUCACAACCUCGUCGAUUGAUUUCCCGUCUUUACCACCUAACACUAAACCGAAGCCUAAACAUAUCAAUAUUACUCACCAUAUUAUAUUGACCAACAUGGGGGAUAGAACGCAAACACCACUUAUAAUCACAGACAGACAGCCAGGCCUUCCAUGUCUUCUACUUUCAACAGCCAUGCCUCACAGCCAUGAAGGAGGAUGAGGCGAACUGCUGCUGACCAGUACACACGAUACCAGCCCGAUAUCACGUCUGCUACACGAGAGAUGGCAUGUGUUGGCAAAUACCAAACGAUCCUUCUGUAUCCGUGCUGAGAUUUCAUCAGCGAUCAAUCUGUUAGAGCUGAUAUAACAAAUUAGCUUAUGACCUAAAGGCAUAAAGAUGUGUUUAGUUUACAAUAACAACACAGCUCUGUGCCUUUUUGGGUCUGUUACUAAAAAUGCAUUUUACUUUUCGUCUACCUAACUUUGAAAAGUGAGAACAAUCUCAUAAUUCUAAAAUUUCCUUCAUUCAAUAAUAAUAAUAAGUGCCAAAUAAUGACUAAUCAAUAAGAUUCUGUAGAAUGGACAGGAACUAGUGGGAAGACGAUAAAGUGUUUUCAUGUAAAAUCUGUAUGAAAACGCAGUGUUAUUAAUCAACGGUAAUAGAGCAAUAAUAAAAUAUGGGUGAUGGGAAAUAUAAUGAUAAUAAAAUAAUAACAAUAAUAAUAGUAAACCUACAUAAUGAAAAAGGAAGAAGCAAAAUUAUAGUAAGAACUUUACUCUGGCCACGGUAGGGCGAGUGAAUGUAUGUAGCGCUUUUGAAUGUAGAGGUCUCGUUUCAGAUUCCAAAUAGCUAAUGAUUCAGCUAUUUACAUGUGGCAUAUGCGAAACUCAUUUGUACGAUAUUGACUGACUCUGUGUAGCACUGUGAAGCAUUCAUACGGGGUUCUCGAUGUCCAGAGAUGACAAGGUGUUUGAGGAUGGAGCUUCUACCAUUAUUCUUUUCUCCUCUGGCUAACCAAGAUGGACAAUGCUCCAGGACACGUUUUUGGACUUGACGUUGUGUACAGCCGACAUAAUUUGCUACACAUGAUCAAAUAAAUUGAUAAAUAUAUAUUCAGGUGGUCAAAAGCGGUAUCUUAUCCUUAACUUUAGACUGGAUUAACUGUCUGCUGGAGGAAUGUGAACUAAAUAGUUCAUGUAAGUCGCGCUUACGUCUGAAAGAUAUACAUUAUUAAGAAACAUUCAGAAGUUAAGCUUCACAUAAAGAAGUGCAAAAUACUUUUUCCAAAGUGGGACAGAAUUAAAACAAUAACUCUAUAAAAUAUAAAGUACAUGUAAAAUAUUCUUGUAGAAAUAAGACUAUUAGACUAAGUUAAUUUUUUUUGAAGAAGUCUUCAGAGUUUGAAGAUUUAUCGUGGAAAAAGAAGGAAAUAACAGCUAGCAUUAAAUUUGAAAAAAUAUUUACAUCAGUGAACUAGUUUGUGCCUAAUUAUAUGAAAAACGUAAUGGCAGUUUUUUAGUCAAGAAGUUCUAAACAACAUUGUAGGCUUUGAUAGAAUUUUACAUUUUGGUGAGGGAGCUAAAGACAGUGUUAAGCUCUGGUUGUUUGUGCUAUUCUUAGUGACCGUAUUCAUUCAGGUCAGUGAAAUUCCUCGAAAACUGGCUGACUACUGGUGGAUUAUUUGUUAAUUGGGAACGAAAGUGAACAAAUGUUGUUUCUCUUUAUUUUUCAAUUAAAUUUUAGAGUCACGUAAUUAUGAUGAUCAAAAAUUCUGAUGAAGAAGUUACUAUUCAUACAGCAGUGAAACAUGGAGACUUAAUGCUGCUUAAAGAGAUGAUUUCAAGUGGGGCUAGUAUAAAUGAAAUUGACAAACAGUCAUUCACUCCGCUACAUUGGGCCGCUAAUGUUGGUGCUAUUGAGAUUUUACAAUAUUUAUUAUGGAAGAAUGCUGAUCCACUGAUUGUUACUAAAAGCGGCUGGACUCCUGUUCAUAUUGCUGCUAUACGAGGAUAUGAGAAUUGCAUAAAGUCUUUGGCUGAAAGAGGUGUUAGCCUUUCAGCUCAAGACAAGUAUGGUCAAACUCCGGGUCAUAUGGCUUCAAUUCAUGGAAAUUCUGGCAGUCUUUUAACCCUUUUACGUUCUGGUGCUGAUGUGGAGACAGUAGAUAUAAAUGGAUGGACAAUGUUACAUGCAGCAGCAUUCCAUGGACGGCUUGGAUGUGUUCAAGUAUUACUUAAGUGGGGUUUACGAAUAGAAGAUACUGAUAAAGCGGGAAAUAAUGCUGUUCAUCUUGCAGCAAUGGAAGGUCAUUUGCCUGUGUUACAGUGUUUAGUCAGCCAAGUUCACACGCCAUUGUAUUUACUUGAUACUCCAAAUGACCAUGGAGAAACCGCUGAAGCUCUAGCUAAACGAUUUUUGAAACAUGAUGUUGAAAUGUAUAUUAAUAAACUUAAAACUGAGAAAACAUUUCACAAAGGAUCAGACGAUAUUGAACAGUUGGCAUUUCCAGCUCAUACAGCAGCUUAUUCUGGAGAUUUAGUUCAGUUACGUGCUUUGAUAGAAUCAGGCACUGUGAAGAUUGAUGAAAGAGAUGAACAAGGCGCAACACCACUACAUAAAGCCGCAGGUCAAGGACAUAUCAAAAUUGUUCAAUGGCUUAGAGAGAAUGGCGCUGAUCCAAGAUUGAGGAAUUCAAUAGGUGAAUCACCUGCUGAUGUAGCUCGAAGAUAUGGUCAGCUCGGAACGUUAAAACUUUUAGUAUCUAAAUCUGAAGAAGGAAACGAAAAGGACGAAGUAUCAGAUACAGAUUUACCAUCUGAUAUACCAUAUGGUUAUACGGAAGGUGAAAAGAUGCCUGAACUUAUAAUGGACAAAAAUGCUGCACUUGGCAGGGCUAAAAAGAGAAUAGAAAAAUUAGAACGCUUAUUAGAUUUGGCUAAAUCAGAUUAUAAACAACUUGGUGGUCCAUUGGAUGAAGAAGAGAAAGAAAGAUACAAAAUCCUACAAGAAACUGAUCGCGAUUACGAAAAACAAAUUGAAGAAUUAAAAGCAACACUAGAAUAUGAACGUAUUCGUCGAGAGAAAUUGGAGGCACGUUUAGAUGAAUCUAGACGGGAAAUUGCAAAAUUAAAUAUGCAGUUAAAUGAGAGUUGUACAGACCAAUUGGAUAAUGAUGUGACUGUCAAACCAAGAAAUCAAAUGGCUUCCAAUUAUCAAAAUGUAAGAAAAGUUAAUAAAUUUGAAGGAAGUACAAGUAGUGUCACAAGUAGUACAUACAGUAAUAAAUCAAAAACAAAUGAAAGUUUAAAAGCAAGGAGAAUUCAUUGAAUUGUGUUUAACUUUCACAAUGAUAAUGAUAAUUGCAUAUCAAGUAACAUACUGUUUAUUGAUAAUUGAAUUAGAUAACUGUUCAAUUUUCAGACGA